AUGAGUAAAGUACGCAGCCUGAGAGCUGAUGACAUCUCCCCUGAAGACGCCAUCAUAGCUCUGAUGGGCCCUACAGGUGUAGGGAAGAGUAAGUUCAUCAGUGCCGCAACUCAACAAGGCUUCGACAACGUGGGGCACAAUCUUCAAUCAUGUACCGGCGAAAUUCGAGCUAUUCGCGUAUCCCGUCCUACCGACUCUCGUAACGUCGUCUUAGUCGAUACCCCUGGAUUCGACGAUACCACCAGGUCAGAUACCGAGAUACUCAAAAUGAUCGCAAGUUGGCUCUCCAAGACGUACAAGAGACACAUCACACUUGCGGGUAUCAUCUACAUGCACCGGAUCUCCGACAACCGUAUUGCAGGAACCCCGCUCAAGAACUUUAGUAUGUUCACGAAGUUGUGUGGGCCUCGUGCUGCGCAGAACGUCAUCAUAGCUACCACCAUGUGGGGCCGUGUGCCCUCUGAUCUUGGCCGGCGCCGGGAAAGAGAGUUGCAAGAAAAAUGGUGGAAGCCGAUGCUGGAGCUUGGGUCAGCAACCGCGAGGUUCCUCGACACGUUUGAGUCGGCCUGGAGCGUCAUCGACAGCGUUCUCGUGAGGGGCUCUAUGCCAAGCCCUCUUCUGCUUCAGGAAGAGAUGGUGGAUCUCAGACUGCGCCUGAAUCAAACUGAGGCGGGGAAAACGUUAUACGACACCCUACAGAAGCUACUUGCAAAACAGAAGGAAGAUCUUCGCACUAUUCGAGAGAACGAAAAGAUGCAGGACGAUUCGGGGAUACUUUGCGUGCUCGUCGUUCGGUAUAACGAGUUAGAGGAGAAUAUCCGCAAAACCUGCGACGAUAUACGAGAGAUGAGGAUAUCGUUAAGGACACGGAUCCUGAUGUUCUUCACCUACAGAAACCAUCGUGCAGAGAAGGAAACAUGUAUCCGCACUGCAUACGAAGCGAUCACUCUCCAGUGUCUCCAUGCGUACAUCACUUAA